UUCAUUGAUUUUGGUUGCAUUGUCAGUUGUAAAGGACUAGACACUCACUGGCCACAAUAUUAGGUACCUAAGGAACGGUGUAUCACAACCUAAUGAGUCCAAGCGCUAUAGAAAGUGGAUGAAUGGAUGGAACGUAAGGCAGCGCUAGUGGUUAGCAUGGAUGGCUCACACUUCUGAGGUUUGGUGUUCGAACCUCAGGUCUGGCCUUCAUUUGUUCCCAGGCUUCUUCCUACAUUCUAAAAACAUGCAUGUUGUGCCUCGACGACUGAAUGCGAGUUUAAAUGGUUGUUUGUCUACAUUUGCCGAUCUGCAAUUGACUGGCGACCAGUCCAGCGUGUACGCUGCCUCUCGUCCAAAGUCAGCUGGAAUAGGCUCUCGGUCACCUUUGACCAUAAUUAGGACAAACGCUAUUUAAAAAAAAUGAAUCUUGUUACACUGUGUCGCUCAACUUAAUUAAACGUCCGUCUAUCAUUUCCACACAACAAUAGACUGGUCGAGCAUAUUGCCGUUCUGUGUCUUCUCCAAGGAACGCAUACCAAACGGCGGGAAUGAGUUGUUCCGCAUCAGACAGACAUCUUAUGAAGAGACACAAAAAAAGUAGCUAGGCUAUGUGGUGGAAGGUUGAUUUGAUGAAAAGCAAGGGAGAACUGCGCCUCGUGGCUACAAAGCUACUAUUCCGUUGCCUUUUCAUUCGACGAGACCUGACAUCACUGGCGUUUGCGUGAGUGGCUGGGAAACGUUUCAUCGUGUCACACGCGGGCACGCUCAGUAGCAUUUCUGCGUGUAAAGGCGUCGUCUGCUUGGUGUUUUAGCAAAUCUCCAUGUGGAGGCGCGCGCAUUAAUAAAGGCGUGGGUAGAUGUUCACAUGGAGACACCCUCUGGUGCAGCACUAAUGAAUUUUCAUGUGGGGGGGUGGACACACCUUUGUUAUUGCAGAGUGUCGCAGCGCAUGUGUGAAAUUCACGACAAAGAAGACAUCCUCCUUGACUCUGCAGUUGUCUUCUGCCCUUUUUCCCCUACUGGAUAACAUAGAGAAAGACUACAACUGUGAGGUAUUGAUGUGGAAAUGCAGGAAAAAAGAGGGAUCCGUUAACCCUCCUCCUUGCUGCUCUUCAUCAGCCGCCUAUCCUCCCCGAUUCAGCGUCGCCGGACGUCACGGAGAAGAACGCCAAUGGGAGCACUCCGACUUCCCCAGAGCUCCUCCUAGUCCCCACGCUGCUUUAUAUGUGCCUCGCCACUGUGCUCCGUCCCAGUGCACAAUGUGCUGCUUCAGGUCCACAGCAGCCGCUGUGCGGAGAGGCAGUCACAAAGGGAGGAGGGCAACGUGAGUGUUGUUUUAGGACCAACUUCAUCAGAAAGCUUCUCCUGUUCCGGUCUGCGGAGACCACAUAGCUCUGUUUGACUUUCCUCUAUCUGGUGGACUCUACAGAGGGGUUUGAAGCAAAGAUUCACCUGCCCCUGCAGUAAAGAUGGGCUGCACCACGGUGCCCCUUGCGUGCCAACCGCAAGAGGGACAGUCCUUGGAAGCCGGUGGCGCCAAAGUCCCGGAGGUGCUCUCCUCCUUGGACCGUUUGUCCCAGGCCACCGGGGGCAUGGAGAAGUCUUGGUACCGCUGCAUCUUCCCCUUCGGAAUCAUCUCGUUGGUAAUCGGCGUGGCGGGGACGGGGGUCACCUACACCUACAACGAUCUGCCCCAGACCAAGGUGGUGUCUGUGGUGCUCCUGGUCACAGGGCUGUUGCUCCUCCUGAUGGCCACCGCCUGCUGGACCGUCCACAAGAAGAAGAGGAGGAAAAAGAAAGAGGGCGGCUCGUUCUCCUCGGAGCAAUGCCCGCUGUGAAGCGUAUGCGAGGAGGGGGGAGGUGUUGUCGGAACUUAAAAAAGCAGAUGUUGGGGAGUUGACUGAAGAAGCCAGCACUCCACCCCCUGCAUGUGUGGUAUUCCCUCUUUUCUCCCAACACAGAGGAUGACAGAUAUACAGUCACUCAGGAUCCGUUUAGUCUGGACCAUUUUGGAGUGAGGAGGGAUCCCCCGCAUCUCACAUGAUCUUCAGAAUCAGAAUCAUCUUUAUUUGCCAAGUAUGUCCACAAAACACACGAGGAAUUUGUCUCCGGUAGUUGGAGCCGCUGUAAUACGACAACAGACAGUUGGACCUUUUAUCAUCGGACGGCAGGUGUCCGGUGUCAAAACAACCUCCAAGGAGACUAGUGCAUAUUUACACACACUGGCAGUCCUCCCUCGCUAUGCAGAAGCACCGCCGGAGUCACUGCUGGCGUCACCGGUGCACGUCAGUUGUGGCAUUCCUCACUUCCCGGGACAGGUGACUCUCCGAGAGGGCAGGAGCGGGGCCUGAAGACGGCAACCCGAUACGAGCGGCGCACCCACGUCAGCGGACGCCGUCACUCCCUCGUCCUGUGACACCGCAGCAAUGCGUUGGGGGUGGGGGCGGGGGGAGAGCGGAACUUGAGUCCGCGAGGAUCCCCGUGGUAUCUGUGUGGACGACGCAGUCUAGGAGAGGAGCGCUCGAAAUAAAAGACUCCAGGACUUACUUAUGAAGGAACACAAAUAUUUGCAUGUACAAAGCCCGCAAAGGGGUCUUUUGCCACAGUGGAGUUCCUGCCGAGGUCUCUGUGCCGAGUACCUCAACUCCGCACAAGUCAGGACAGGAUUAUUGAAGGACACAUGCCAUAACUCCAUAACUAGGACCCUGACUGAUCCGGCUCCGCUAGUAGCCCCUCCCGCUUCGUGCCUUGACCAAGCACACAUGGAAAAAGGCUCUGUCACAUUUGUAUGUUUCCAUAUGAACUCAUGACCCCCCCCCCCCCCAAAACAAAACUCCACUUGCCCUUGCGCUGACCCUCAUAAUCUUUUCCCAGGAAACACUUUCCUCAUCCACCCCAUCUGCGGUUGGACCUCUCCCGUUACUUGAUCCCUAAUGGUUUUCCCAGCUGAAGACAAUUAUCAGACUUCAUUUAAAAGGAACAAACGUGUCCAAAUAAGCCAGCCCUGGCCUCUCCUGUCUAAUAGCGAUGCCUUUUUUCCCUUGAGAGGCAAUAGUGAGACAGCAAAGCACUCACGAGGGGACUUGUGUCGGUUGUUUGAAUCCAGGAUUUUCUUCUUUCACUCACUGUUCCGAACUCAUGACCACAGGUGAGAUCUGGAAUGGAAAUCAACGUAUAGCUUUUUUUUUUUUUUUUUUUUUUUUUUAUAUAUAUAUUCAAUAAUGAUGAACAGGCCAUCUUCAAGAUAGAACGCUACCUCCUAUUGGAUUCAAUUGUGCAGCAUUAGUAACAUAGCAAGAAAUAGUCCAGCACGCGUCAUAUGCGAAGAAAGAUUUUUUUUCGUGUAUUGACAAAAGACUAGAACAAUUCCAUCAUAAGACAUGACAAUUGCAUUUACAAUAAUAUGACAAGAAUUUGCUUCCCUUUUUAUUUCUAGCAACACUACGACUUUUUUCUCGAAACAUAACUUUUAUUUUCUGUGUGGCCCCCUAUAAAAACAGAACUGUUGUCUAUAGUAAAAACUGCACAUAUAGGUAGCUAUCCUCUGUUCUAAAUUAGUCGAUGCUAGAAGCCGGUGUUUCACAGGAGGAGUUGCCUGUUUUACUGUUGUCUUGAAGCAUUCUUAUUAAUACGGAGCCCCAGAAAUUAAAUAACUGCCAAAAAACAUGACAUUGACGAGAACACAAUAAGAAAGCACACUUGCCUUAAGGACGCACAUUACAGUUUCAUAGUGAAGGUGUGCUCCAUUUGCUUACCCAGACGUCAAAGUUGUUCAUGGGAAUGAAGUAUUUUGUGCGCCCGUUAUACCUAUUUAGUGGCCACAAAGUAUAUUUUGCCCACAAUUUAGUAUUUGGCCCCCACAACUUAGUAUUUUGUGCAAACAUUAUAUAUGUAUCGUGACCACAAUUGUGAAUUUCUCCAUUGUGCGACUAAUAAAGGUUAUCUUACAAUGAAUGUUUCUGCUGGGGCUCCAUACAUUAAAGAUCUAUACCACGGAUCACACAAAAGGAAAAUGCAAUGCGUUGAAUGUAUGUCAACGAAGCGUGACGCGCCCCUUUUACCCUUGAAAACUAUUGAUCGCCAUGGCGGCAAUGGGCAUUUGCACUGCCUGUCGCUGGCUCAAAUGUGUCGUUGCAUCCAGAGGUAGCAGAUCUCACACACAAUGCCAAAGUCAGCCCUCGUUUGUUAGCCAUGAAUCCAUCACGGUCUAUUUUUCUUUUUAGCUGAAUGUGCAUUUUAAUGUUCCGUUGCGGGACGGAAUCGGGAGGGAAAUGACAUUUUUUGCUGGAAAAAUAUGGGAUUUUAUGCAGUGAGGCAAGUCGGUAGGGUUCAAUUGAAAUGGGUCCUAAUUACCGCAUUGAAUCACCGUGUGUAUCUUUAUUCAAGGUUGAAUUGUCAAAAGGAUCAGUAACGCGUGGUACAUGCAGUACAUACCGACAAUCGGGCCAAGUUUAAGCAUUUUGCCUCUCUUGCCAUCAAAGUCGGCAGAGGCCAGAUUCUCGGAACGCUCAAGCCAUUCGAUUGUGCUGUGGGGUGUGGUUUUUUUUGGGUUUUUUUGACAAUCAUAAACGUUAAACCACCCCCGCCCUCCCAGAGUUUGUCUUCUUCUUUGUAUAAUACACUGUGGCACCAUGCUGCCUCUCACAGGUCGGUCUUGUUACUACGACAGACAUUGUCGCGUAGGGGCUCGCAUUUUAAAAAUCGUGUGUGUAUCCUGCUUUCGUGAGCUAAGUUAACAUAAAUCCUCGCGGAUGCAGAAUUCAAUCGUGCGGUUGUGGUCGUGCAGUACUUGGGAAUGUACACAAAGAUGCCGUUAAAGCUUAACACACUCAAACAGGAUUGUGUUGUUGUUUUUUUUAGCAAUUUCUUACUAGUCUGUGCCAUUGUGUUACCAUGAUGCCCUUUAUGCAGAUGAUAAAGUGACCAGAUAUUGUUUGUUUUUGUUUUCCCUUCUGCCUUUAAACAUGAAAAAUAAGGGAAAAUCUACCUCCGUGCUAUGUGUGUGGGAACACUAAUUCUGUACUUUCGCCCCCAUGGACGGCCAUGUUUUCUGCUUGCGCUGUUGGUCGAGAUGUGUUUUGGUCCUGUACAUGCGACAACUUUAUAUUUGUACUGUAUAUUUCUACGUAGAUGUACAUUUUACAGUGGUGUAAAUAAAUGUUCAGCAAAACGUGUUUGUUUCCCUGGGUGGUUUAUCCUCAUUUUCUUUGCUUUGGGAAAAUGUACAGUCUCAUCUAUUGUGUAAUGACAACAAACCACAGUGGAACGUCCCAAAGUGCUGCAAUGUGGACUUCGACCGAAGUUUCCUCCCUCGAACAUCAAACGAAACAUGACUUUCAUCAUAAUGUUUGACGUCGGAAAAUCUUGUGAGAUUUCAACUCCGUGAGCAUCUAAAAAAAUUACAGCCUAAAAGUGUGUUUUGCUUUCUUUCCUCUGGCUUUUAUUAUGAUGAUGACCAAUAUCCAAAUGGAAAAUAAUGUGGUGUAAGAAAGGGUCUGACUGUGUUUAGCGGAACAUCAUUUUACAGAUAAAUGUAUAUAUGUACAAUCGUAUGUUUUGAUAUUUUACCAAGACAAUGCUGACAUAAAUAGCAUGUAACUAAAAGCAAUACUGUCGCGUGUCCAACUUUGCAUUUAUUUUAUUUUGGUUUUAUGGUCAUCAGGUUUUUUUGUUUUUUUUUUUAAGUUGUAUGACAGUUAGCAAUGUUAUAAUGAUGCCUAAAACAUUUACUCACCAGGUUUUAUGAUGGUGUGUGUCAGGUAGUUUUUGUUAGUUUUAUUAUACCAUUGUCAGGUAUUUUUAACACUUUUUCACAGUUACAAAUUUUAAAAUAUUGAUCAUAUAAUGAGUGAGCAGGUUUUUCUGUUUAGUAUCGACGUGUGUCAGUUGUCCUCAAAGGGUGAGUCGUUUUACUUUAGUUUUUGUUUUACAGUGGUCAGGUAUAUUUUCAAACUUUGUAUGGCAGUUAAUAAUGUAAAAAUGUUUUUUUAUGAUUAGCCUAGAACAAAUGAACUUUAAUGUACAUACUAAAUUAAA